AUGCGCCCGCUCCAAGCGUUGGCGCUGCUUCUCGCGUCGGCGAGCAUGGCAUUCGCCAAGCCGGCCAGACCAGCCAAGCCCUCCCAAACACCCGAACCCGUCUGGUCGCAUGACGUUAACACCCACGUAUUUGACUGGCGACUACUACCAUCCGAGGACACUGAGAAGGCGCUCUUCAAGCGUAACAAGCCCGACGGCAUACACGACGGCGUGCCGGCAACUCGAGUUGCCGUCGACAACAACCGCGGCACCAGGGGCGUCUUCUACCGGGGCACAAACGCACCCCCCUCGGUAGUUUUCCAGCAGGGCUUUAUCCCAACUGGCAACAUCAUGGACAUCCAGAACCAUCUAAGCUACAGAGGCGGCUCGGGCUACAUAGCCCUUACUAUCCGCACCGCUACGGCCGACACGUACGCGUACGGCCGCACGGGGUCGAGAACGCCAAUAGGCUACGUCUACGUCGUCAGGGCGAUGGGCCUAAACGAUGGGUACUUUUUCCCGCCCAUGUACCCCAAUGAUCACAUCGUCCAGGCGAACCAGGAGUUCGGGCACCCCGGCCCCAUAGCCGCCGGGUUCAUCCUAGGCGCCUACGAGCUGAACGGGACGGGCAACCGGCGAUGGAUCGCCAAUCCCAACUACCAGCCACCUCCUAACCCAAACCCUGGCCCUGGCGCUGGCCCUGGUACUGCUGGUGGCGGUCUCUGCGUCAUAUCCAGGAAGAGGUCGGAUUGCGACCCGUGGAACAACGCCGAAGACACGCCUCUGCGGAGGAUCUGCCCCCGCUUCAAAUCGCUCGAGGUGCAGGUGCAGCUCUCCGACGAGUGGUUCGCCGGCACCUGGGAUACCAUCGGAUACGACGUUGGGCCCACGGAUCACACGCAACACUACGAUCUUAUGGCUGCGCCUCAAAAGGGCGCCAAGGGCACCUCAAAGGUUGAUCUCGUCAAGGUCUUUGGGACUGACACGAUUGAUAUCCAGCAAGGCCUAUACUUGACUCUGACCGUGCAAGGCGUCAUGGGAGCGCAUCCCAACAACGACCAGUUCAAGAUCCAAACCAUCAGCAUCGUCGGCCAAUGCGAGGACGGCAACUAUACCGCGGGGACAGAAUGGACCCUCAACGAAUGGGUCCGGCAUCCAGCCAAGGGCGAGGGCACGUUCGCCCCUUACAAGCUGGAGCGCUUCGGUAAGCAGUACACCAACUAUGCUCCCAACAUGACGAGCACCUUGUGCCCCGUCAUCACUGGCGUCAACUACGACUUCUACGUGGGCUCCGACCUGUUCGGCGCCGGCACCGACGACAAGGUCGGCUUCUCCAUGGGCCUGAACAGUGAGGUUUUCCUCGGCCAAAGUUUCUACCGCAACUACAAGAGUGCGGGCGACGUCGACAUGCGGAAAGUCUUUGGAAUGGACAAGGUCCCCUUGGCGAAUAUAAACGCCCUCCUGUUCUACCAGACGGGAACUGCAAAGGAUCAGUGGAAGAUUGGCGGCAUUACCCUGGAAGCAACAUGCGAGAGUGGCCAAAAGUUGCGCAUGACAAAAUACCAAAAAAUUGAUGUGUGGUCCGAAAAUCCUGACGGAGCCAACGUGGUUUACGGGGGUGAAGUUGAUCCCAGCAUGUGGCGUAUCUUAUAA